AUGAGCACUCCUUCUAUUCCAGAAUCAGUGGUUAUUAUUGGUAGUGGUCCGGCUGCUUAUUCGGCCUCUCUUUACCUCCAGGACCAUAAACCCUUAAUUCUGGCCGGAAACUUUACGAAUACUCAAAAACAGUACCCGGGUGGCCAACUAACUACGACUUUAGGUGUUGAUAACUAUCCUGGAUUUUUAGAUAAGACCGGUCCAGAACUUGUAGCUCUCUACCAGGAACAUGUUAAGCAGGCACAAGUAAGGACUAAAAAUGCCUGGGUUUGUGGUAUAGAGCAAGAUAAAGACCGGUUCUUUGUGCAUACUAAGGAAGAAGGCACAAUUAUGGCUAAGGCCGUUAUUAUUGCCACCGGAUCAGUAGCUAAGCGGUUGUACGUUAAAGGCACAAAUGAUCAUGAACUUUGGCAAAAAGGAAUCAGUGCUUGUGCUACUUGUGAUGGCUGGUUAUUUGCUGAUGAGAUAGUAAUGGUUAUUGGUGGAGGAGAUACGGCUAUGGAAGAAGUUCUUUAUCUAGCAGGUGUAGCUAAAGAAGUCAUUCUGAUCCAUCGGUCGGAGACAUUCCGGGCUCGGCCAGAUCUGUUCUGGGAAGUCUCUCAUCUACCUAAUGUAACUAUUAGAUAUUGGACUGUUCUGGAAGAGGCGCAUGGUGAGGCUAGUCUAACUAGUGUUACAGUACGCAACUUGCAAACACAAGAAUUAGAGGAGAUUCCAGUCUCAGGUUUAUUCUUUGCGAUUGGGCAUACACCAAGCACAGAGUUCGUGCAAGAGUUCCCCAACCUUCUAGAUAGUAACGGCUACAUUAUUACAAAUCCCAAAACAAUGGAAACAGCCGUUGAAGGUUUAUUUGCCGCCGGCGAUGUCCAAGACUUCGUCUACCGCCAAGCCGUCACAGCAGCCUACUCCGGAAUGAUAGCCGGCCAGUCCGCCCAACGCUGGCUAGAGCAAAUGAAUCCCAACCCCUUUAACUAA